ACGGCCGCUCUUUGCUCCUAGAACCGGGCGGCCCGGGUCCGAGUGGGCAAAGGGGACAAGCCGGUGACCUACGAGGAGGCGCACGCGCCCCACUUCAUCGCGCACCGCAAGGGCUGGCUGUCGCUGCACACAGGUAACCUGGACGGGGAGGACCGUGCUGCAGAGCGAACGGUGGAGGAUGUUUUUCUUCGCAAGUUUAUGCUGGGCACCUUCCCCGGCUGCCUGGCUGACCAGCUUGUCCUGAAGCGCCGGGCUAACCAGGUGGAGAUCUGUGCUCUGGUCUUGAGGCAGCUUCCUGCGCACAAGUUCUACUUCCUCGUGGGCUACAGUGAGACCCUGCUGUCCCAUUUCUACAAGUGUCCUGUGCGUGUGUACUUGCAAACGGUGCCCUCAAAGGUUGUGUAUAAGUACAUCUAGGACAUUCAUCUUUUUUUGUGUCAGGCUCUAGCCUACAAAGGACAGAAACGAGUGGGAAAGGGGUGAAGUAGAAAUGGGGGUACACAUCCCUUCAGAAUCCACAGACUUCACUUUCAAAGCUGCUGUUGAAUAAAUGGACUGUCCAUGUUG